ACUUUGACUGACAACGUGCAAGAAACCCUGCGACAGAGUGUUUUAACAUCACACUCGAAAAUAACAUCAAAGUGGUAGUCGAAAGUGCCACCAACUCGAGCCGCACUCUUAAAGCAACACCAAAUUAAAAGUAGCAGCCAAAAAUUUGAGCAGAGAAAAACAAAGUUGCAGCAGGCGAUCAGCAGCAGCAAAGCUCGAAAAGAAAGACAGACAAACCGAAAGGAGAGCAUUUUUUCUACUUGCUUUUAUUUUUGGAAGCGCGAGUGAGUGUGGGUGUGUAGCUGGAAAGAUGGCAGACUCGGAAAACCAACAGCAGCUACCGAUUGAACAACCGCUGUCCCUAGAUGAGCAGGAUGAUGAACAGGGUCUAGCGCAGGGCAAGCCCGCGCCGCCUCCAAAGGAAUUAAUUGCCACCAAAGUCACCGGCACUGUCAAAUGGUUCAACGUGAAGAGCGGCUAUGGCUUCAUUAACCGCAACGACACCAAAGAGGAUGUCUUUGUACACCAGAGCGCUAUAGCGCGGAACAAUCCCAAAAAGGCGGUGCGUUCGGUGGGUGAUGGCGAGCUCGUUGAAUUUGAUGUUGUCAUUGGUGAGAAGGGCAAUGAAGCAGCUAAUGUAACCGGUCCCUCUGGAGAGCCAGUGCGAGGCAGUCAGUUUGCGGCUGAUAAGCGUCGCAACUUCCGCCCCUGGAUGAAGAAGAACCGCCGCAAGAUGCCCGGCGAGGGCGACAACGAAGGCGAUGAGCUGGCACCAGCCCAGCCGAUGCCACUGCAACAGCACGACGGCCAGCAGCAUCAACAGCAGCAGAUGCAGGGCGGUCCCCGCCAGCCACGUCAGAACUACCGCCGCGGUCCCGGUGGCGGCCCUGGUGGCCCACCCGGUGGUCAGCGUGGUGGUCCACGCGGCGGCGGCGGUCAACGUCGGUAUAACAACUAUUAUCCGCGUCAAACGCGUCGUGUACUUGGCGGCGGUGAUGGCAGCGCCGAGGCUGGCGUUCAUGAUCAGAAUCCCGAUAAUGUGCAGCGGGGCGAUGGACAGCCACGUCGUGGCGGCGGCCUUGGUGGACCCCAGCGACGUUUCUUCCGACGCAAUGGACCUCCACCACGUCGUGAUGGUGGCGAGUACAUUCAAGGCGGCCAGGGACCGCCACGUCAGCCGUUCCGUCCGCGUCGCCAGAAUCGUAAACCCAAUGGACCUGGCGGCGGUGGCAUGGAGCAGCAGUCACAGCAGAACGGCGCUCAAGAGCUGCAAAAUACAACAACAGAAAGCACCGCUUAGAAGAUCAUAAGCAGCAGCAGCAACAACAACAACAAAAACAGAUGCAGUAACAACAACUACAAACUUAAGAUGAGGAAGAAUUACAAUCGUAAUGGCUUACAAUCUUUUAUAUUAUUUUGUUUACAUCUCUCUGGCAAGCGACAGCAAAACGAAACAUGUAAAAUGUAUAACAUAAAUUCAAACAAACUUAGUGGCUGGUAAUUCUUUCUUUUUUUUUUGAUAAACAAACAUUUAUGUAUGUAUGUGCAUAGCAACAUAAAUUUUCAUAAAUUUCAAUUGUAUUAUACGAAGCAAAUGAGCGCAACCUCAGUAACCAAAAAAUAAAUACAGAAAACCUAA